UGUGGGACAUCCCUUCCUUGACAUAUUCACAGCUGACCCAGACGUGACCAUAAGCAACGCAGUCUAAGCUGUCACUGCUUUGGCUUCGAGGUUAGAGCAGGGACACUUGGAGGUCCUCCUGGCCCUUAUGCCUCUGUAUUUCUGCUGGAGUACAGCAAUGGUGCCAGGCCUUGUGCAGGAUACAGAGCUGGCCACAGCAGAACAUGCCUUGAGAAGCCACUUUGGAAGCCCACAGAGCUCUAGCAAAAGCCUCAGAGCCCAUGGAGCAUGAGAGCCCUGUACAGCCAGCCAGUCUGGUGUGAUUUGUUCUUUCAGUGUUAACUGCUACUGUCACGGUGCUGAGGGCACCAGUAGGCGUCAAUGGCUGGUGACCAGUCCCACCUGGGACCUUCAUCUGGGCCUAUGAGGUCUGGUUCAGCUUGGCCCUGGGCAUUCAGCCCUGACCUGAGCCACACAGUGUGAGUUCCAGCCUCCAGUUCCCUCUCUGGCCUACACUGUGGGUAGCUUAUCUCCUGGAUGGACCACUGAAAUCCGCAUUGCAGCUUAUCUCCAGCCCUGCCUUUUGCACUGCAUCCUUUUGUCCAGUGUCUGGGACCCAGCUGACUGCUUGCCUUGCCUGGAGCUGUUGCCACCACUCAGCUCUGCUGGGAUGUGGCAGGACGGAGUCCUGCCAGCAAGGGCAUUGCCUCCACAGCGUACACCCUUGGCUUCUGACUGGCCUGCCCACGGAGAGCAGCCAGCCUUUGCUGCCACCAGAGAGCUUGCUCAUGCCUUCAUUCUCCUCCCUUGAGUCCUGCAUGGUGCCCCUGCUCUGCUUCUCUGGAGUGCAGCCACUGGUUUUCCUCAGCUCCACUUCCAACCUGUACCUGCUCAGAGGUCCUCUUGCAGCUGUCAGAAGACAGAGGUCCCAUGUCAGCAUGAUUUAAAAAACCUUUGUUUGAUAGCUUUGAAGAUACCAUCCACUGGAACAUUUGUGCUAAAGUCAAAACUGGGGUCUCUGCUGGGCUGUAGAUAAGCUCUCCUCUUGACACACUGUUCUUUGAAGGAAAUAGCAUUUGCAUCUAUUUGGAGCAGCCCCAUAGUGCCUGCUGUACACAGUGGCAUGGGAGAACUUCUCCAUGUCCUGUAAAGUCCAUAUUUCUGCUGCAUCUGGCAGCUCUGUUGCCAGCAAUAAUCCCAAGGGUGGCUCACCAGCAGCAGCCUGCCCCCCAGGCCUGGCACGAGCACCCCAUCACACCCCGAGGCGUUGUGUUGCUCAGUGCUGUCAUUAGUCUCAUGGGAACUCCUAAGUCACCCACGUCCUCUGCCCCCACAGAGGGAACAUGGGCCCUCUGCCUGGGGUCCUUCUUCCCUGGGCAGCUUGGGCCCUUUUCCCUCCAUAGACUUGGGAGUGCUGCUUUUGUGAUUCUCCUAAACUAAAUGAGACUGUGGACAAGGGCUCUCAACCUCUAACCAAGCAAGCAAGGGUGAGAUCUAAGGGUUCAGAUGGAAGCUGAUCCAGAGAUGCCUUAACUUGUAGAGGUCUGGAUGCCACUGUCCAUCCAGACCUGCAAGUUGCACUGCUUGAUGUGGGCUCCUAUAGUAUGGAAGGUUUGGUGGGACCCUCAGCUUGACGCUGGCUUGCUGUGAACACCAUGUUUAAAGCUGUGCCAUGAAGUAGACUUCUGGUCAGGAGGCUACUGAAACCAACACCAGAGAAGAAAGUAGAAGGGCCACAUCUUUAUCCUCUUAAAAUUGGCUUGACAAGGUGAUCGAGCUGUUUGCACCUUCUGGCAUGAAGAACAGCCCUCCCAAACAAUCUGUCCUGAGAGCAUUUUGCUCCUGUAGAGGGAUCCUGGUUGACAUUUCUGGGGCUGGGGGGAGAAUCAACAGGGUCUCACCUGACCAAAGGCAGGGAUUGGGAAAGAGUGGCAAAGGGACCCACAAGCACCUGUUUGUUACCUGGAACCAUUGCUCUCUGUCUACUCAGAGCAUGCAGACUGGGGUGACAGGGGACACUGUAUACAGUGACUUCUGGCUGCUGGACACUGGUUCCAGUCCAAUGACUUAACUCAUUGAUCCUGAAACCCACCAGUGGAGAGUUAGCAAGCAGGUACGUCUCUUGACCGAUCCUCAUCUUUCCAAGGUCACCUUUGGGAUUGGGCACAUAGGAAACCUAAUCUCUCCUUUGCUAGUUUCUGUGUGUAUGUCCCUAAAAAGCUGCAUCUCUCCACUUCAGUUUGAUCAUGGCUCUCCAGAAUUUGCUCCAAGUGGGCAAUUCAUGUGUAGUGUUUGUGUAUCUGGGAGAGUCAAUAAUUGAAAUCCCUCAUCAUGGAGGGGGCUUUUGUGGCUGGAAGGCCAUGCCUCCCUCCCCUCAGGAGGUUUAGUUGUGCUGUCAUGGGAUCUGGAAACUGCUCGAGCCACAAUCUGCAAGUGCCUCCUUGUGCCUCUACAAAUAACGAGUGUGAACACAAGUGGGUGUGUGCAGUGCCUAUAAAGUCACCAUGGAAAGCUCAGCAUGAGACGGUGCACCGCUACAUUCCUGCUCUCUGCUCAGCCGUGCUGUUGUGAUGGGUGAGUUAUGCUCCCAGCAGCACAUGUCAUUCAUGUGUGAUGCUGGGCUCAAACAAGACCUGGCUGGGGUGAGUAUACAAAGGCAUAAGAUGAUUAGGAGGACAGCAGCCUUGAUCUUGCUUGUGUGAUGCGUGCUGCCAGGCACCUUGGUAGCAGAAGGGAUGCUUGACCAAAGCAACAAACAACACACAUGCUUGGUGCCAGCCUAUGCCUUCCCAGGCUGCCUGUGCUCUGCAUCCCCUUUCCUGGCAGGGCUGGUUAAUGUGGAGACCCGGAUUUCAACUUGGCCCUUUUCCCUUCCUGAUCAACGCAUAUGGCACACAAGGUUGCACAAGGGUCCUUCCCCAGGCAUGAUGGCAUCUCCUCCAGUAACAGAGCUAGCACGGGGUGUAGGGGUGCGCUGGUGACCAGCACGGAGGGUUUGGACUUGUGUCACUGUGUGGGCCCAGGAGACCUCCUCCGGUCAGCUUGGGAGUGGUAUCUGUGCAGUAGGAUCUAGCCUUUGACUUUGGUUUCCCAGUAGCUGCCAUUGGGCUGAAGGGGCUUAUAUAAAAGGCUUAAGCAUGAUUAUUCCAAAAAGAACUGUUUCUUGUGAUCCCUCCCUGCUGGCAAACUCUCCCCAGAUCUAACUGUGUCACUGUCCUCUCUUAGCUACUCUUGCACUGUAUGUUCUGAGGACAGAUCUGCAGGUUGCUGUCUGCUACAGGGAAAGGGCUGAUCAGGAGGGUGACACAGCCCUUUCUCACCUUGCAGGGGCUGAGCCUCCACUGAAGCUGCAGCUUUUACCACCCUGGGAGCCCCCUGCUCCUGCCUGCACUCCGUGGCUCUGACCUCCCUGGUCCGAGCUCCCCAGGGGCUGGGGGGCUGCCCAGGGAUCUCGUCAGUGAUGGGCACUUUCAUCCCCAGGGCUCCAGGCUGGGAAAAGUUUUCUCUGUGGGGACCUUGUCUUCCGACCCAUCGUGGUGGCAAUGCUUCUCCUCUGUGCAAGUGCUGGCCUAGCAGUACCCACUGCCAGCUCCCGGAGCGGGUUCCCCGCAGACUGCAGCCGUCUCCGCAAGACCAGCCCCAGCGGGGUGUAUGUCAUCCAGCCAGCAAGGUCUCCCCCAGUCGUGGUGUGGUGCGACAUGGACACCGAAGGCAAGGGCUGGACUGUUGUCCAGAGAAACUCUCAUGACACCGAGAUCACAUGGAAGCAAUCCUGGACCACCUACAAGUACGGCUUUGGGAACGUGCAGGGCGAUCACUGGCUGGGCACGGAGUACCUGCACCUGCUGACGCAGCAGGGCACCUACAAGGUCCGCUUCAUCGUGCGGAAUAAAGCCAACGUCACCCAUUACGCCGAGUACGACAUCUUCAGCGUGGAGAGUGAGGCUAGUGGGUACCCGCUGAGGCUGGGCCGGUUUUCUGGUGAUGGGGAUGACUAUCUGACCCUCUAUCACCCCAAGAAGGGGGGCUUACAUGACAACAUGAAGUUCAGCACGACCGACAGGGACCAGGACCAGUACAGUGGGAACUGCGCCAGCAGCUAUGGGGGCUGGUGGUAUGACAGGUGCCAUAAUGUCCUGCUCAAUGCCAAAAAAUACAUCCUUUGGCCAGGAUUCUGUGAUAAUGGCGACUGUGCAUCCUCCCUCAUCCUGGUCAAACCCACAGAUGUGUGCUGACCGUGCCGCAGCUCCCAGCCUCCCAGGAGUUUGGGGGAGUGCCACUGUCCCCAGCUCAGUGCCCCGUUCCUGUGCCUGCCAACCGCCCCGUGCCAGCCCCGGUACAUGUCCUGUGCUGCCCGCAGUGUC